CGUCCUAGAGGGUGACUCCAUGGACCAGGAUGUGGAGAGCCCCGUGGCCAUUCACCAGCCAAAGUUGCCUAAGCAGGCAAGAGACGACCUGCCAAGACACAUCAGCCGAGACCGGACCAAAAGGAAAAUCCAGAGGUACGUGAGGAAAGAUGGGAAGUGCAAUGUCCACCAUGGUAAUGUGAGGGAGACCUACCGCUACCUGACCGACAUCUUCACCACUUUGGUUGACCUCAAGUGGAGAUUCAACCUGCUGAUCUUCGUCAUGGUUUACACAGCGACGUGGCUCUUUUUUGGAAUGAUCUGGUGGCUCAUUGCAUACAUCCGAGGAGAUAUGGACCACACAGAGGACCCCUCGUGGACUCCUUGUGUCACCAACCUCAAUGGGUUCGUCUCUGCUUUUUUAUUUUCAAUAGAGACAGAAACCACCAUUGGCUAUGGCUACCGAGUCAUCACAGAUAAGUGCCCGGAGGGGAUCAUUCUCCUCUUAAUCCAGUCUGUGUUGGGGUCCAUUGUCAACGCAUUCAUGGUGGGAUGCAUGUUUGUAAAAAUAUCUCAACCCAAGAAGAGGGCAGAGACUCUGGUCUUUUCCACCCACGCGGUGAUUUCCAUGAGGGAUGGGAAACUGUGCCUGAUGUUCCGGGUUGGGGACCUGAGGAAUUCCCACAUUGUGGAGGCAUCCAUCAGAGCCAAGUUGAUCAAGUCCAAACAGACUUCAGAGGGGGAGUUUAUCCCCCUCAACCAGACAGACAUCAACGUAGGCUAUUACACAGGCGAUGACCGUCUGUUUCUGGUGUCACCUCUGAUCAUCAGCCAUGAAAUUAACCAACAGAGUCCUUUCUGGGAGAUCUCCAAAGCCCAGCUACCUAAGGAGGAACUGGAAAUUGUGGUCAUCCUAGAAGGAAUGGUGGAAGCCACAGGGAUGACAUGCCAAGCUCGAAGCUCCUACAUCACCAGUGAGAUCCUGUGGGGUUACCGGUUCACACCUGUCCUGACGCUGGAGGACGGAUUCUAUGAAGUUGACUACAAUAGCUUCCACGAGACCUAUGAGACCAGCACCCCAUCCCUUAGUGCCAAAGAGCUGGCUGAGCUAGCCAGCCGUGCAGAGCUGCCCCUGAGUUGGUCUGUAUCCAGCAAACUCAACCAACAUGCCGAACUGGAGACUGAAGAGGAAGAAAAGAACCUCGAAGAGCAAACUGAAAGAAAUGGUGAUGUGGCAAACCUAGAGAACGAAUCCAAAGUGUAGACCCCUUGCUGGACGACCCCUUCUCUUUCACCCUAGACAUGACCGCUCCUUGUCUCUCAUUUUCUUUCUUUUCUGUCUCACUUACUUUGUUCUUUACUUAUAUUUAAUUUUGACAUUACCAGAAAACAAAUCUUCAAGGUGUAAAAUAUCUACCUGCCCUCUCUCAGUUGUUUAGAUUGACAAGUAGACAUGGAUUUGGUUAUGAUGAAGUUUGCCCUCAUUUGUGGCCAAAAAUAACAACACUUAACUCCUAGAGAUUUAAGCUACUAACUUGCAUGUGUUGUACAAUACAGAUCACUCAAAAGAGGUAGCAAAGAUUUUACCUGGGAUGUGACAAGGAGGAUCUCCAGUGCCUAUGUAUCAUACAGCGAGUCAUAGAGAAUAACCCUCAAUUUUAUAUCUCAAUACAUCUCAUCUAGUACAGGGCAGGUGCUUGCCCACUGGGCACUGCAAGUGUAGGACCCAGGUGAGCUAAAGACAAACUGUUGUACAUAUAUAUGCCUUAUAUAGUUAUUUUCUUUUGGCAAUUAUUAAUAAAACCCAGCAUGUACAAAAGUACUGUAGAACAGAACUUCUAAAUAAUGUACAUAGAAGUAUCAUUGACGUAGUUUUAGAAAUAUAACUUUAGAAAUAAGAAGAAAAAAAGAUUCCCAAUGUACAGUAGGCAUUUCUGUUUUGAUAUCUGUGUUGUCUGGAUUAUUUUGAUCCCUUUGACUACUGGCCUUUCUGUGCAUGGCCUUUGCUCUGGGUCCCAGACUGACAGCUGUUAGGGUACCUCUCUGUUCCUUCUCUGACCCUUUUGUUAAAUCUAAUAAGCCAUAGGUGUGGGACCAUUGGAAGGUCUAGUAGAUGGCAAGACCCACUACCAAAAUGCUGAUAUACUGUG